AUGUCCGACACCGCAGGAAAAGUCAUUACGUGCAAGGCCGCCGUCUGCUGGGCCGCCGGCGAGGAGCUCAAGAUCGAGGACGUCGAGGUCGCGCCCCCGCGCGCCCACGAAGUCCGCAUUCACAUCCUCCACACUGGUAUCUGCCACACGGACGAGUACACCCGCAGCGGCAAGGAUCCCGAGGGUGCCUUCCCCGUGAUUCUCGGCCACGAGGGUGGAGGAGUUGUCGAGUCUGUCGGCGAGGGCGUCACCAACGUUAAGGUCGGCGACCAUGUUAUUCCCCUCUACACUGCCGAGUGCCGGGAGUGCAAGUUCUGCAAGAGCGGCAAGACCAACCUGUGUGGCUCAGUCCGUGCCACCCAGGGCCAGGGUUUGAUGCCCGACUCGUCUUCCCGCUUCACCUGCAAGGGCCAGUCCCUCUUCCACUUCAUGGGCACCUCUACCUUCUCCCAGUACACCGUCGUCGCGGACGUCUCGGUUGUGGCCGUUAACCCCAAGGCUCCUCUCGACCGUGUCUGCCUCCUCGGCUGUGGUAUUACCACGGCCUGGGGCGCAGUCGUCAAGCAGCCCGGUAUCCAGAACUCCACCGUCGCUGUCUUCGGCUGCGGUGCCAUCGGUCUCGGCGUUGUCGCAACUUCCUCCCUCGUCAAGGCGUCGCGCGUCAUCGCGGUCGACACCAACCCCAACAAGGAGGAGUGGGCGCGCAAGUUCGGCGCGACUGAGUUCGUGAACCCCGCAAAGCUGCCCGAGGGCAAGAAGAUCCAGGACCACCUGAUUGAGAUCACUGACGGUGGCCUCGACUACACCUUUGACUGCACAGGUAAUGUGCAUGUCAUGCGCGCUGCCCUUGAGUCAUGCCACAAGGGCUGGGGUAUCAGCACUAUCAUCGGUGUUGCGGCUGCUGGUCAGGAGAUCUCUACUCGCCCAUUCCAGCUGGUAACUGGUCGCACCUGGCGCGGAUCUGCCUUCGGUGGCGUUAAGGGACGCACUGAGCUCCCCGGCCUCGUCGAGGACUACCUCGAGGGCAAGGUCAAGGUCGACGAGUACGUCACCCACCACCGCACCCUGGCUGAGAUCAACGCUGGCUUCCACGACAUGCACGCCGGUGACUGCAUCCGCUGCGUCGUCGACAUGUCUUGA